UGUCACUAAUCAGUGUGUGAGCAAUGAAAAAUAUGUACACGGACGUUUGCUUCGUGUCUUAUUAAUCAUAAAUUAAAUAUUUUUCACAGAUUGAAAGUUACCAAAGAAAACCAAUUAAAGGAUGACUGAACUCCUCAUUGAUCCGAACAUUCGGGUAUGGGUCUUCUUACCAAUUGUUGUUAUAACGUUUCUCGUUGGAAUCAUACGGCACUAUGUGUCCAUGUUAAUUUCGUCACAGAAAAAAGUUGAAUUAACACAGAUCCAAGACAGUCAAGCGAUGAUACGAGCAAGACUCUUACGAGAAAAUGGUAAAUACUUGACGGCUCAAUCAUUUGCAAUGCGAAGGCAUUACUUCAACAAUGACGAAACUGGCUACUUUAAAACCCAAAAGAGACCACCAGUCACUCCCAAUUCAACCGCAAUGCUGUCGGAUUUAGUCAAAGGAAACUUUAUCAACGUUUUGCCGAUGGUCGUCAUUGGAGGAUGGAUCAAUUGGAUGUUUUCGGGAUUUGUGACAACGAAAGUCCCUUUCCCACUCACGUUACGUUUCAAACCGAUGUUGCAACGAGGUGUUGAGCUUGCCUCUUUAGAUGCGGCAUGGGUGUCGUCCGCUUCAUGGUAUUUUCUAAAUGUCUUCGGUUUGAGAAGCAUUUACACUCUGGUCCUUGGAGAGAACAAUGCUGCUGAUCAAACGCAAGCCAUGCAAGACCAGAUGUCUGGUGCCGCGGGUGCAAUGCCCCAGGAUCCAAAAGCUGCCUUCAAAGCCGAAUGGGAAGCGCUAGAAAUAACCGAAUAUCAAAAUGCGCUGCAAAAUGCGGAAACAGAGCUGUUGCAAUUAGUUGGUGGUAGACAGCAGUCGAAUUCGAUUGACCAUUGAAAUGAUGCGGCUGCAAUUUUCGUUUUUCUUUGUUUCACAGUUUUUUCGUGAGAAUAAAAAUUUAGCAAAUAGACC